GCAGUACAGGUCGAGGAAAUGCAUCCUUCCAAUAUAUCCUUGACUGAAUAAGAAAACACAUAACAAGUGGAAAACAGUCUUCUCGAAAGGGAGGGGGGAAAAUGGCGAAGUCAAAAAAAAAGCGUUCUCGAGGGCAACAACAAACACUAGGAGACUCAAAGAAAAGAAAAAUGCAACACUUCCAGAGAGUCUCAAUAUCCUCUCAGACGGGCAAUUCUUCAAGGGCAACAGAUUCGCAAAAGAAGAGGAAGUUGGCUGAUUCAACAAUUGCAAGUAAUCAGCAGCAGCAACAGGCAUGGAAGAACAAGAAAAGUGAAAAGAAUACCCAUCAACAGGAACUACAUCAACGACCUGUUAUACCAUAUGAUAGAAAAGAUCGGAUAUUGCUAAUGGGAGAAGGCGACUUUUCAUUUGCACGCUCACUAUAUGAGCACCAUCGCUGCAAGAAUGUGUUUGCUACUUGCUAUGAUUCCGAGGGUACUCUGUUGAGCAAGUAUCAUGGACAUGCAGAGGAGAAUAUCAAGCAUUUCCUCGAUCAGAAGGACAUCGAGGAUGUGAAAAGAGACGCCAAUGGGGCCCAGGGAAAAGUUACAGAGGACGAUACAUACACCAAAAACCCUGAACCGAAUUCACCAACCCGCAAAGUCCUGUAUUCAGUCGACGCUAGGAAACUAGGUACCAACGCCGGAGGUGGGAAGGACAUACGAAAAGGCAUUCCUCAUGCAAGAAACAAAAAAAGAAAACGCCAAAGCUUUCACCGGAAUGGUCCUCAGCCGGAAACGAAUAGUGAAGAUGACGGUGGGCCGUGGGAUAUAAUAUCUUUCAAUUUUCCGCAUGUAGGCGGUCUAUCGACUGAUGUCAAUCGACAAGUACGCGCAAAUCAGGAGUUGCUCGUUGCUUUUUUCAAGGCGUGUGUUCCGUUAUUGUCAAGGACGGCACGAGAAGAUCGAGAUAAUACAGAUGAUGAUGAUCAUUACGACGAUGACUCAUUUGAAAGCGAAACAUCUGAAUCCGAGUCAGAAGAAGACAAGAACAUAAGAACAAUACCUCGUCAAUCAGGCCAGAUCAUCGUCACCCUCUUCGAAGGCGAGCCGUAUACGCUAUGGAAUAUCAAAGAUCUAGCCCGCCACGCCGGUUUAGUGGUCGCGACCAGUUUCAAGUUCCCCUGGAAAUCGUAUCCGGGAUAUUCGCAUGCAAGAACACUCGGGAUUGUGGAGAGUCGAAGUAGUGAAGCUGCUAAUAGUGAGGAGACAGAAAGAAGAGGAGGAUGGAAAGGAGAGGAUAGAGAGGCGCGGAGUUAUGUUUUUGAGGUCAAGACUGAAUAUAGUCAGCGACGUCGACCGGGCCAGCAGGAAAUGAAGGAUAGUCGGGAUGGUGGGAAAGGAAAUAAGAAGAGAAGAGGAAGAGGGGAUGAAUCGAGUGACGAGGAUUAG